AAGCUUUUUGUUGCAAUGGAUUUUGGUGGUGAUAUUCACAGUCACUAUCAUUUAUUUAAAGAUGAAACUAAAUUUCCUGGAGGACCACUACAAAGUAUUGCGUAGGCGUUACAAUAGUCAAUUAAUCUUAUUAAUUUGUAACAGCAAACGUUUCAUCCUUUUAAUAUUUCGUUCUGUUAAAGGUGAUGGAAUAACAUAGGUAUCCUAUCGUACUUCCAGACAAUGCCAUCACGCAAGAACAAAACAAUGUUCAAACUGGGAAUGAAGUUAGCGAGCAUUCUUACAAAUCAGCUUUCGAUGAUCUUAUCAUUAUCUACAACAGAGUACCGAAAACAGCAUCAACCAGCUUUGUAGGUUUGGUCUACGAUUUGUGCAAACACAAUAAAUACCACGUUUUACAUAUUAAUGUCUCUAAUAACAUGCACACUCUUACACUCCCCAAUCAGAUUUGGUGUAAGACAAACGCCUUUGUACAUAAAUAUCUUACGUAAACCUUUAGAUAGAUUCGUUUCCUAUUACUACUUUUUGAGAUACGGAGACAAUUUUAGGCCACAUUUAAUCAGAAAGAAGCAUGGAGACACUAAAGGAAAUUGGAAACAGUUGGGCACUAGAAGAAGCAAAAAGAAAUUUACAAAAACAUUAUCUACUUGUAGGAGUGACGGAAGAAUUAACAGAAUUUAUAGAAAUUUUACAAAUUGUACUUCCACGUUUUUUCAAAGGAGCCUAUAAUUCUUUCUUGCAUAAUAACAAAUCACAUUUACGUCAAACUACCCAAAAAAUUAAUCCACGGCCAGAGACAAUAGACAAAAUACAAAAAUCUGUUGUUUGGAAAAUGGAAAAUGAACUUUAUAAUUUUGCUUUGAUGCAUUUCCAUGCUGUGAAGAAACGACUUAUAAAUGCUUCUCCUCAAGAUGUGAAUCAACGAUUUAUGUAUGAAAAAAUACGUCCAAAAUAA